GGGAGGGGGUGUCCCCUGAAGGAGGACCAGCUGCACCGUGCCUGCUCCUCCCCAGCCAGCACUGGUCAACGGUCACCCUGCAGCACCCAGCCUGUUUGUCACCAGUUUACACAUCCAAACACACUGGGAAGUUGCAGUCCAGAGCCCUGGGAUGGGGAAGUGGACACAGCCAGGCGGCUGCUGGGGAGAGAUGCAGCCUGCACAAGAGGUCAGCUGCCAGCCGCGGGCCCCCCACCAGCCAUAGGCAUGAGCAACUGGAGGAAAGACCACCUUGGCACCAGCAGCUCGGAGCCCCUCCCGGUCGUCAUCAUCGGCAAUGGUCCCUCGGGUAUCUGCCUGUCCUACCUGCUGUCAGGCUACACCCCCUACGUGAAACCGGACGUCGUCCACCCACACCCGCUGCUGCAGAGAAAACUCACCGAGGCCCCGGGGGUCUCCAUCCUGGACCAGGACCUGGAUUACCUGUCCGAAGGCCUCGAAGGCCGGUGCCAGAGCCCUGUGGCCCUGCUCUUUGAUGCCCUCCUGCGCCCAGACACAGACUUUGGGGGAAACAUGGAGUCCGUUCUCACCUGGAAGCACCAGAAGGAGCGAGCCAUCCCCCACAUGGUCCUAGGCCGGAACCUGCCCGGGGGAGCCUGGCAUUCCAUUGAAGGCUCCAUGGUGACCCUUAGCCAAGGCCAGUGGAUGGGGCUCCCGGACCUGCAGGUGAAGGAGUGGAUGUGCAGGAGGCGAAGAGGUCUUCGGAACAGCCGGGCCACGGCUGGGGACAUCGCUCACUACUACAGGGACUACGUGACCAAGAAGGGCCUGGGCCACAACUUUGUGUCCGGCGCCGUGGUCACGGCCGUGGAGUGGGGGACACCCGCGUCCAGCGGCUCCGGGGCCCAGGACCCCGGCCCGCUCUUCCAGAUUUUCCGCCGGGCCGACAAAAACGACGAUGGGAAGUUGUCCUUGGAGGAGUUCCAGCUCUUCUUCGCAGAUGGCGUCCUCAACGAGAAAGAGCUAGAGGAUCUCUUCCACACAAUCGACUCCGACAACACCAACCACGUGGACACCAAGGAGCUGUGCGAUUACUUCGUGGACCACAUGGGGGAUUAUGAGGACAUCUUGGCCUCCUUGGAGACCUUGAAUCACUCUGUCCUGAAGGCCAUGGGCUACACCAAGAAGGUGUACGAGGGCGGGAGCAACGUGGACCAGUUUGUGACACGCUUUCUGCUGAAGGAGACGGCCAAUCAGAUCCAGUCGCUGCUGAGCUCCGUGGAGAGUGCAGUAGAGGCCAUUGAGGAGCAGACCAGCCAGAUCCGACAGAACCACAGCAAACCCAGCCACGGCGUGGUGGAGACCUGGUCUGGAAGCGCCGCGCCGCCCCACGCCCCCAACCCCAAGCUGGGGGCCUCGGAACAGGGGAAGAGUCUUCCGCCUGGCACUGUGGACCCCAAGGAGGAGGGCCUGGAAGCCCAGAUCAGCCGGUUGGCAGAGCUAAUAGGACGGCUGGAGAGUAAGACCCUUUGGUUUGACCUUCAGCAGCGCCUCUCGGAUGAAGAAGGCACCAACAUGCACCUGCAGCUGGUCCGGCAGGAGAUGGCCGUGUGCCCCGAGCAGCUGAGCGAGUUCGUGGACUCCCUGCGCCAGUACCUGCGGGGCACCGCUGGGGCCAGGAACUGCUUCCACAUCGCAGCUGUGAGGCUGGCUGACGGCUUCACCUUCGUGGUCUACGAGUUCUGGGAGACCGAGGAGGAGUGGAGGAGGCACCUGCUGAGCCCUGUGUGCAAGGCGUUCCGGCACGUCAAGGUGGACACGCUGAGCCAGCCAGAGGCCCUCUCCAGGAUCUUGGUGCCAGCUGCUUGGUGUACUGUGGGCCAUGACUGACCACCUCCCUGAGGCCUUUGGAUCAACCUGCCACUCUGUCCACUCUUUUCUAGAAACUUUGGUAUAUAAGCUGUCUUUUCAAUAUACUUCCGGACAAGAAUGUAUUUUCCCUGUGUGACGUGAAGGAGCAGCCCCUGCCCUGGCCUUGCCCUGACCACCCCCCCCCCGGCCCCCCAGUGGUAGAGCAGUGUCCGAGCUGCUGCAGCCGAGACACAGAAUGCACAGGGAAACCUCCUGGAACCAGCACC